AUGACAGCCGAACUAAAGCCCAACCACCAGUUCUUCGUGUGGUCCGGAUCCCUCUGCUUCGGCGAGCUGCACAACAUCUGGCACGGCGCCUCGGCCCCCGUCCAGGGAUUCCCCAGCGUUCGUCCCCAGACCACAGGGACCGUCGUCUCGCACGAGCUGCAAUUCAACACGGCCGCUGAGAACGGCAGUUGGAACGUCUUCAGUCUCAUUGACACGACCACAAGGGCUGUCGCCGCCUGGUUCGCGUGCCACUCCGACGUCGACCCGGAACAGGAGGUUGCCAAGAUCCUUCGUGUUUCUGGGUCUCCGUACGAGGCAAACUGCGGCAGCACCAUGAACGACGACAGCACAGCGGCCGAAGGUGUUCUUGUCGUAAACCGCUACGACUGGGGCUAUUACGAUCGUCGCGCAAGUGACGAGUUCGAGGAGGAUGAUGAAGAUGUCCUCAACUUGGAGGUUGCCGUAUCUGUCGGCCUUGUGGAUCGUGCCCAAGCAAAGCAAGUUGUGGGCAAUUGGAAAACGAAGGUCGCAGGGAGACGUAAAAGCUCGGCUUCCGCAGCUUGGUUACACAUUCCUGAUGCGGAAUACGCAUUUGGGCGUUUUGGAUUCAAUGAGGAGCGUACCGCUGCUAGAUCGUUCCUGCUCUUCACACAGUCCACUAUCUUCACUCAGACCGCCUUCCAGGGACGCCUGAAUCCGUUGCGGGAGGGGGAAGCUACAUGA